AUGGUACAUAACAUCCGGCUAGGCCGCGUGCUCGUCGACGGUGGGAGCUUGAUCAACCUUCUCUUCACCGAUGCAUUGGACGCCCUGCAAAUUCUGAGAAGUUCAUUAAAGCAAUCCCCACCUUUCUUCGGGAUCACCUCGGGCUCCUCGGACAAGCCGCUAGGCCAAAUCAAGCUACCGGUCACCUUCAGCUCACCAGAAAACUUCAGGACCGAAAGGGUCCUCUUCGACGUGGCCGACUUCGGGACUACGUAUAACGUGAUCCUCGGGCGACCGGUAAUGGCCCAGUUCAUGGCUGUUGCUCACUACGUGUACCAAACAAUCAAGAUCACUAGGCCAACAGGGGCCAUCACCAUUGCUGGCAAUGCCAAGAUGGCCCUGCACUGCGAUAAGAGGAGCCUCGACAUGGCCGAGCUAACUCCCAGGUCGCAGUCUGAGACUGCUGAACCCAGCGGACAGCCAGUAAAAGUCCAGGUCGUCGCCAACCCAGACGAUCGACUCAAAGUAGUAAGCCUGGACAACACCAACCCGACUAAGACAGUCUAG